GUGCCAGCCAGUUACGCAGGUUACGUGCUCCCUGCCAACCUUACUUACUCCAUCGUCCACCCAGAGCAGCGAACGACACAACACGGCUGCAGCUGCUACGGGUCAUGCAACCCGGACCAACUAGCCCGGCGAAGAAGACUGGACCUGCUCUUGCUUAGAAUCCUCCACUUCGCAAAUUUAUUACCCGUACAAUUUCCACGAUUAUCGCCGCCUUCUGCUGCCUGCAGCCUCGCUUUGGCACCUUCCUGCCCACUUCAAGGUACCUUACAUGCCUUUACACUUAGCGAGUUAGACUUUGUUACCGACCUGGGUCCCUUACGACUGAUCCGUCUUGCUACGAUUGCUAUUUCAGCGUGCACCUGGCUGCCCGCCUGAGGGAGGCGGAGCGACAAACGACGAGGCAGAGCCAAGUCUGUCCGCUGCUGACUUUUCAGGAUACGAAACCACUACCUGACGUAAAUACCUACUCGUCAACCCAUUUACCGAGGAAGAAUCAUCCCCCAUACCUACCUUACAUACCCAAGGGGUAUCGGCAGUAAACUUAAUUUGAACGCAACUGCACCCCGCAAGGCGAGCUCAGCAAGCUACCAACAUGCAGGACCCCGAUUCUCCCAAUGCCAUGAUGGUGGACCCUAUCGACAAUGCUACACAUGUCGUCGAUGUCAAUGGCCCGCUCGAGAGGGACUCAGUAACCGAGAUCACGCCUGAUACCCUCGCCGAUGAUGCUGAGCCGACGUCACCCAUGCCUUUAGCCACCGACUUUGAGGCUAUCAAGGAGCUUGUUAUGACGCCGUUGCAGGAAGAGCCUAAAGUCUUAGAGGAUGCCUAUAACACAUGGACAGUGGAGAAUUGGAGAAGCUUGUCUAAGAAGGAGCACGGCCCAAUAUUUCAAGCAGGCGGGUUCCCAUGGCGCAUUCUACUCUUCCCCCACGGUAACAAUACGUCAAACGUCGCGAUAUACCUCGAGCAUGGUUUCGAGCCGGACAAGAUUCCAGAGGACUGGAGCUGUUGCGUUCAGUUUGCGCUUGUGCUUUGGAACCCUAACGAUCCUUCCAUCUAUGCGCAUCACACGGCACACCAUCGAUUUACCAAGGACGAGGGUGACUGGGGCUUCACGAGGUUUCAAGAGCUUAGUAAACUCUUCAACGUUCCCUAUGAUGACGCUACCCGGCCGCUGAUUGAAGAUGAGACGGCCAACAUCACCGCAUAUGUGCGAAUCCUGGAAGACGAAACUGGUGUCAUGUGGCACAGUUUCGCCAACUACGACUCCAAGAAAGAGACGGGCUAUGUCGGUCUCAAGAAUCAGGGCGCCACAUGCUACCUCAACUCGCUGUUGCAGUCCCUCUACUUCACCAAUGCUUUCCGCAAGGCCAUCUAUCAGAUACCUACAGAGCAAGAAGAAAGCAUAAAUAACAGUGCUUACACUCUCCAGCGUUUAUUCUACCAACUGCAAACCUCGUCAAACGCCGUGGGUACAGCAGAGCUUACCAAAUCCUUCGGAUGGGAGACGCGGCACAUCUUCGAGCAACAAGACGUGCAAGAGCUCUCCAGGAAGCUCAUGGAGCGCAUGGAGGAGAAAAUGAAGGGAACCGACGCCGAGAAUCUUCUGCCUGAGCUCUUCAGUGGCAAGAUCAAAACUUAUAUCUCUUGCAUACACGUGAAAUACGAAUCGAGCCGGAUCGAGGAUUUCUGGGAUGUGCAGCUGAAUGUGAGCAAGAUGGGCAACCUGCUUAACAGCUUCCAGGAUUACGUCUCUGUCGAGAAGAUGGAGGGUGAGAACAAGUAUUUUGCCGGUGACGAGUACAAACUGCAGGAGGCAAACAAGGGCGUUAUUUUCAUGGGUUUCCCCGACGUCCUGCACCUGCAGCUCAAGCGUUUUGAGUAUGACUUUACCAAGGAUGCCAUGGCGAAAGUCAACGAUCGCUAUGAGUUUCCCGAGGUGUUUGACGCUGCCCCGUACCUCUCGGAGGAUGCCGACAGGUCGGAGCCUUGGAUUUACCAGCUACAUGGUGUGCUUGUGCAUAGUGGUGACCUCAAUGCAGGCCAUUACUACGCAUUUCUAAAGCCGGACAAGGACGGCUGGUUCUACAAAUAUGACGAUGAUAAGGUCACCAAGGCGACCAAGAGGGAGGUACUCGAGGACAAUUUUGGAGGACCUUUCCAGUACAGCAACGGCAUCCGCCCACAAGGACAGAAGAAAGUUGCUAUGAGGCCCAACAGUGCAUACAUGUUGGUGUACUUCCGUCAAUCUCGGCUUGACAAGAUUUUAACGCCAGUCACGCACGAGGAUAUCCCGCGUCACAUUGAAACCGGAUACCUUGAGGAGGCGUCCGCUAGGGAGGCGAAGAGAAAGGAGCGUGAAGAGCAGCACCUCUACCGCUGGAUCAAAGCCGUCACUCCGUCUUCAUAUCAAGCACAUAACGGGUUUGAUCUGACGAACUUUGAUGCGGUAUCCUCACAAACAACAGACCCUUCACCGGGUGCCCCCAAACUAUACAAGGUACUUCGGACGGCAACCAUGGAACAAGUCACUGAAAUCAUUGCCAAAGAUCUUGGGCAAGAUCCCGCGAGAGUCAGGCUAUGGUUAAUGGUCGGCCGUCAAAACAAGACAGUUCGUCCUGACCAGCCUAUCAUGGACUUGCGGCCGACAUUGGAUGAGACCUAUUCAAGAUUAGCGACUCAGAGAGAGGAUUCCUUGCGACUGUGGGUUGAGUUUGCUGAAGAGAUGGGUGAAAAUGGAGAGGCCGCUUGGCCAACAUACCAAGGCCCCUCGCCCACAGGUGUUAUCUUUAAGAACGACUUGAUCCUUCUUUUCAUCAAGUGUUUUGACGCAGAGGCACAAACUCUUACUGGUCUUGGUCAUGUGUACAUCAGCAGGGAAAAGAAGGUGGACGACCUAAUCCCCCACAUUCUUAAGAAAAUGGGACUGGAGAAGCUUCCCAGUGAUGAGAAGAUACUCCUGUGGGAAGAAAUUAAACCCGGAAUGAUCGAGAGCCUUAAGGGAAAGCAAUCGCUCAAAGCCGCCGAGCUUCAAGACGGAGACAUAGUGUGUGUCCAGCGCAAGAAGGACGCUGGUUCACAAAACUUCCUGGAAAAGAGGUUAAGCAGUGACACCCGUUCAACUGAUGACACGUCAAGAAAGACGGAGAACUUUGAGGACGCGAAGGAGUACUAUGAAUUCUUGGUCAACAGGAAAACGGUCAAAUUCAACGCACAUCCCACAAAGUGUGACCCGAACGAGUACCCACCGUUUGAGAUGGUCCUCAACUCUAAGAUGACGUACGACCAACUUGCAGAGAAAUUGGGCGAACGCCUUGGAGUUCCAGAGACGCACUUGAGGUUCUGGACUCUUCACGGAACAACAGGACUCCCCCGAACAGCGGUCAAACGCGGACCGCAACAGACUCUGAAUACUAUUCUCAACCCUGCCGGAUUCAGCCAGUUGAACUCGGCGCAGCGCAAUGAUGCCCUUUAUUUUGAGAUUUUGGAUAUGAGUCUUGCCGAGCUUGACACAAAGAAGAAUGUUAAGAUCACCUGGCUCAGCGAAGGAAUCGUCAAAGAGGAGCACUAUGAUUUGCUUGUAACCAAGAGUGGUGUUGUUGAGGAUAUUAUCGAGUCGCUCGUCAAAAAGGCCAAGCUUAAGUCAGAAGAAGAAGGUGGCGAGAUCCGUUUGUAUGAGGUCAAUGGCCACAAGUUUACAAGGGAACUUCCGCGCGAGUAUCCAGUCAUAAGCCUCAACGACUACCUAACUCUGGUUGCCGAGCGGGUACCAGAGGAGGAGGUGGACGCCAAGGAUCAGGGCCAAUUUGUUUAUGCUUUCCAUUUCCAGAAUGAGCCCAACAGGAUGCACGGCAUGCCGUUCAAAUUCCUGCUCAAAGCGGGAGAGCCGUUCUCGGAGACCAAGAAGAGGCUUGAGAAACGGACUGCUAUCCGUGGUAAGAACUUUGAAAAAAUUAAGUUUGCCAUUGUACGCCGGUCGUCAUACUCAAGGCCUCAAUACAUAAACGAUGACGAUGUGUUGUGGGAUAUCCUUCAGCCGGAAGACGAGUAUCUGGGUCUCGAUCAUGCAGACAGAUCCCGAUCUUUGCGCAACGGCGUUGGCGACCUCUUUUUGAGGUAAACAGGCAUGGGAAUCCCAUGAUAAACAUGUUGACUCGAUUUCUCUACUGGUGUCAAUAGUGCCAUCCUACUCCUACAAGGAUUGCCAGGGAAGCCAUCGAAACUCGUAUCAAAUUUCCAUAACAGUGACACAUACCACAAAUGUCACGGAUCAAGAAACCUAUGGCUUUUUCUUUUCUUUCUUUCUGCAGACACAUUGGACUUCUCGCUCUUAUUUUCACCAAAGCUUGCCAUGAUAGUUCGCGUCUUUCGCUCAUUGGAUUCUUUGGCUCCGAGUACGAAGUACAUGAAUCACACAUUGGAGUUGAUGCGGCCAUAGAUGAUGGGCAAAGACAGCGAAUAGCAAAUCUUGAGGACUCUUUCUCUUCUCCUGGGAGCAUGAUAUCUGGUGCAAGAGGUGUUAAGAAUUCUGUUGCUUGACUGUCGAACAGGAGCACAUGUUUGCCAGUUCUUUUCAUGUCUGCAUUCUUUCAGUCGGCUGUGUGCAGCAUGCCGUAGUUGCGUCGUUUCUUGUUUUAUUUAUGCUGAAGCGGAGUAGAGAAUACAGAAAUUAUGAUUGGGGGUGUUGAUAAUGAGCAUAUGCAUGAUUCAGGGAAAAUAUAUACCUACCUACCAGUUAUGAGAUGGAUUAGCUUGGAAACGAACGGAUGAGUCUAAGUCUAGGUCUAGAACUAGAAUUAGUCCUAGGUCUAGUCUAGUCUGGUACACAUGUUAACAUUUGCUUGAUGGUUAAGUACAUAAAAAAACAAUCGCAACAAUGUAACCAUGCGACAAGUUCCUAGAGA